AUGAAAAAGGUUGAUUUAUUGCUGGAUGAGCCAUGUCCUGAACUACUGUGUGGUAUAUGUUCAGAUAUACUAGAGGAUCCUAUGCAAGUUCACUGUCCAGAAGAUCACAUGUUUUGUAGCAAAUGUAUAACAUGCCAUGUUGAACAGCAAUCCAAUUGUCCAAUCUGCACAACUUCUCUAGACAAAAACACAUUUCAAGUAUCAAAAUUCGUUACAAGGCAAGUCGGACGAUUACGUAUCAAGUGCGCCUAUGCAGACACUGGUUGUUCAUGGCAGGGCUUACUAUCAGAUCAGCACAUAUCUGAGUGCGAAUACCAGCCCUGCACAUGUCCAAACGCUGACAAGGGAUGCAAUGCCACCGAUUUAAACAGAUCAAACAUGGAGCAUCACUUGAAAUCGUGUCUCUAUCAAACCAUGACUUGUCCUAACAACAUGCCAUUAUGCCAGCCGUUUCUUCUCUUGGAUUUAUCAAAGCACGAGAAUCAAUGUCAAUCGUAUACGUGUCCUUAUGCCAACGAAGGCUGCCCAUUCAUUGGCACGCUGACUCAGGUGAACAUUCAUUGUGAGGGCUACUGCGGACGAUUGCACCAAAAAGUGAGUCAAUUGGAGGAGGAAGUCAAGCGAUUGAACAAGCUGAUACAAGAUGUCACCAUGGGUCUCAAUAUCAAACUACCGUCUACGCCAGAAACAGCAUUACAAGAAGACGAAAGCAAGAAACAACAACAACAGCAGCAACACCAUGCAGACACAUCCAUGGACGAAAUGGCACUGUUUCAUCAAAUGUUCAACAGUGAUCCAUUUGGAGCACUGGACCUGUCAGCCACCACACCAACUGCGAUGGAUCAACAUACACCGAAUCGUCAUGAGGAUGAUAACACAUCCAUGAUGGAUCUGGGCUCAGUGUUGCCUGACAUCAACUUUCUAGACCUCAAUCCAUCCGGCGCCCAUGACACUUCUCCACCCUCUCAUUCCUCAUCAUCUGCAUCUAAUUUUCAUAACAGCAACAACAUUACUCUUAAUAAUAAUAACAACAAUCAACAGGUUGACUUCAACUCGAUAUUUGAAACAGCCACAUCGCCGCAACCGCUUCAAUUUGUUCCACCUGUCAAUGUGCCUAAAAGAACAUCCAAUGGCAAAAAGAUUCGCUACAGUAAAAAUGUCAGAUUAGCACACAAUGCACUGCGAAUCGCCCGUCAACGCACGGCAAGCAACAACAAUCCAUCAAAUGAUGCCAUUUUGAAUAACUUGGACAUUGCCAAACAACAAAUGAACAAUGGCAGCCAAAUCACAUUCAAGAACUUUCAAGAUGUUGCGCAUUUCCUCAACACGGAUGCCAUGCCAUCUUCCUCAAACACUAGCACCACUACAUCAACUAAGAAACCAACCAAGGCAGCAGUAGCAGCACCAUUAACCACGUCCUCUUCUUCUACCACUACCACUACCACUACCAACACUACCGCUAAUACAACAAACACAGCAGCAGCGAAACCGACUCUCAAGAAGGAAAAGAAAAAGAACACCAUCGUCUCUUCGCCGCAAUACACAGAUCCCACAGCCUCCUCACCGCCGCCUUCCACAAACGCACCCAAACGAAGACCAAUGUUCAUCUUGGCAUCAUCCUAUUUAUCGAAUUACAAUAGCAAUAAUGAAAAAGUGUAG